AUGAUGAUGCGCAAGAAUAUCGAGCUUCAGAUUCAGGCUCUUCAAAUGAUCGAGUUUAUGUGCGGACUAAUCCCAAAUUCUCUUCAAAUCGAAGAUGGCGAGACUCUUAAGAAUCGAACAAAGCUCUCGCCGGAAGAUACUGAACGAUACGUUCUUAUUUCAGUGUUGAGGCAAAGCAAGGACGAGUUCGAUGCAAUGCAACGUGACAAAUCUGAGUUUCUCAUAUUGGCUCAGGAAGGUGGAAACGAGCGGGAACGACUGGAAAUUGAGAUUCAGAAGGAGGAGCGUUUACUUCAGCAAGCACUCACUUCUUCUAACCAAAGUUCCCAAAAGAGUUCGAGUCAGACAAGCACGCCAUCUGCGGUUGCCGCAGCAAUGAUCUCUCAAAUGACAUCCACUGACGAGCAAGGGACGAGUGCUGACAUUCGAAUGCGAAGCGAUUCAGCAACGAACACCGACAACUUGAAAAAUACCGCUGAGAUAGGGACCGACGCGCCGAAAGCUAUUGAGAAUCCCACGGGCAUCGAGAGCGAACAAUCGACGGCAAAAACAGCUCCAAGACCGGCGACAGGAUGGAGAAGGGGCAAGUCAAAAGAAUCCCGCGAAAACAAACUUAACAAACAAGAAAACGUAGAUAUUCCAAAUAAGGAAGAUGAAAUCGACAAGGAAAAAGCAACUGCUGAAGUGAAAAUUGAGGACGAGACGAGUGUUGAGGAAAAGAAAAAACCAGUAGCUCGGCCAAGAACAGGAACAAAAAAGAAUACCGCACCUCAAGAAAAUGGCUCGGAAGAAUAUCAGCACGGCUCUCGACCGAAAACUGGGUCUCACGACAAAUCUGCGCAAAAAAUCGAUGAUGACCAAAAAAGUUCGCGACCGAAAACCGGGUCCAAAGAAAGAAAACUAUCUCAAUCAGAUAUCGACGAGAAGAAGCAUAGAAGUGUUUCGAGACACGGAAGAGCUGAAGGCGAUGAUAAGGAAAAAGCUGAACGACCAAAGACGGGGAGUAAAGAUAAUAAUGCCGAUGAGAGAGCAAGAACUACAUCAUCGCGGCCAAAAUCGGCAGUUCGAAGAGAAUCUAGAUCGGACUCGAAAAGCGAUAAUGUAACUAGCGAAGGGAACCGUGCUAAAACCCCGUCUCGACGUCAGAGUACAGCCACAGACAGCCGCGGACGUCGAGGAUCAAUUAAAGAUCGAUCUGAAAAGCCUCCUCGCCCAGUUUCAAAAGGCCCAAAGUCUAAAGAAGAAACAGGACCGAAGUACGAGGAUAUCCCAGGAAUGGAGCAUGGACCAAGAAGAAAGAAUCUCAACGAUGUCAAUUCGCGACUAGUCGAUGGCAAACGCCUCAAUUCUUCGGAUGUUCGCGCAAGAGCUGAAUAUCUCAAAGAACAACGAGAACGCCUUCUUCAAUUGAAAAGAGAAGAGAGAAUGAAGCAUAUGAAUAAUCUUCGGGAUUUGGAGAUUGAGCGACCAAAAACCGCGAAAGCAGCUCGCGUGAUUUUGGAAAAUAAGGAUAACGAUGAUAUUCGCCGAGAGAUUAAUGAAAAAAUCAAAACCGAAAUUCUUAAGCUCGACUAA